AUGCUCUCGUUAUUGGUGCUACAGUCAUGGAAGGCUUCUAUGUAAUAUUUGACAGAGCCCAGAGGAGAGUGGGCUUUGCAGUGAGUCCAUGUGCAGAACUCCAGCAUCAGUUUCGGGUGACCUGAGCCCAUCAUGGUGGCAUCGGCCUGGGUGCCUGCUGAGAAAGCUGGUACUGGCAGAAUGGAUCAGGGAAGAACUCCAGGAUAUACCACGGGUUGUCAUCAAGCUACACAUGAUUUGGGAUUUCUGAUAGCAGGGAUCGUUGCCAAUUCAGCUCCCUCUGAUCUUGUGAAAUUAGCAGGGCUCCUGUUAGCAUUGUUGACUGCUUGGUACUUGGGAUACUUCUUCGCUGUUCUUGUACCCAAAGAGACAAUAACAACAUCUAUUGCUAAUCUUCAAGACAUUGGAAAGAAACCAGUGUUGAGAGCCCCGAUCCCAAAAAGGCAGAAGUGUGAUCACUGGUCUCCCUGCUCACCUGGGAACUAUGCCUAUCGGAUUCUUAGUGGUGGUGGCAAAGAAAAGCUGGCUAAAAUUUGUUUUGAGGAUGAGCUGCUUAUAAGCAAAGAGAAGGGUAAUGCUGGAAGUGGUAUAAACAUUGCCAUUGUGAACUAUAAAACAGGAAGAGCUACAUCAACAAAAUUUUUUGACAUGUGGGAAGGAGACCACUCAGGAGAGAUGAUGACAUUCAUUAAAAAUGCUCCAAAAGGGUCCCUCCUUUUGAUGGUGACUCAUGAUGAUGGAAGCACCCGGUUAAAAAAUGAUGCCAAAAAAUUAAUAGAAGAGCUGGGAAGUAAAGAAAUAUGGAAUAUGAAGUUCAGGUCAAGCUGGGCCUUUAUAGCUGCCAAAGGCUUCAAGCUGCCAGAUAAUAUCCAAAAAGAAAAGAUAAACCACUCUGACAAGAAGAACAACAGAUAUGGUGACUGGCCAGCUGAGAUCCAAAUAGAAGGCUGUAUUCCAGGAAACCUGAUCUGAACAAAUGCAUACCUCAUUAGUAAAGAUUAUUAUAUAUUUUUAUAUCUCUUUUAUACGCUAGUAAAUUACUUCCAGAACCCAAUAAGCAUCUGAACACUAAUUGUAAAAUAAGUUUUACAGUUUUUAACCUUUCUUUCCUCUGUGAGGUUUUACUCUAAAAUGAAAACAAGUAGGUAUUUUGAUGACAAGCAGAAAUAAAAUAUUCUGGUUUGGGAUUACAGUGUUCAGGAAGUCAGUGAUAAAAUACAAGGAUUUUUGAAAGUGAAUAUUCAUUGUCAUUAGUAAUUUUAGGGGUUUGGUUGGUUGGUUUGGUUGGUUUUACUAUGUGUUUCUUUUGCUUCCUUUAAAGACUAAUAUGCAAAUAGAACUUAGUCUAAAUUGUAAUAUAA